GGUGUGAGGUGCAGGGCUGGGGCUCCAUGAAGGGAAAGGUGUGAGGUGCAGGGCUGGGGCUCUAUGAAGGGAAAGGUGUGAGGUGCAGAGUUAGUGUUCCCUGAAGAGAAACGUGUGUGCUGAGCAGGGCUGGUGCUCCCUGAAGAGGAAGGUGUGAGGUGCAGGAUUGGUGUUCCCUGAAGAGGAAGGUGUGAGGUGUAGGGUUGGGGCUCCAUGAAGUGGAAGGUGUGUGCUGAGCAGCUGAGCUGUAGUGGGGACCGUGGGAGCAGAGGAGUGCUCCCAGUGAGGGGAUUGCUGAGGAGGAGCAGGAGAAAAUGACUGUCUGAGGAUGAUGCUGAGGAAGAUGCUGGGAGUGGUGGUGAGGCAAUAGGUCUGUGGCGUUAGCUAUAAUACUGGGCAGCAUGCUGAGGGAAAAUGGAGCCUGGGACUUGGUCAGUGUGUAACAUUAGAGUGAGGCUCCUUGCCACAUCUGGGAGGCAUUUCUGUAAAGAAUUGAGAAAUGCACUGUGCAAGGAGGGCCUGGCAUACUUAGAACCUGCUGGCAGGUUCAAGGAGCACUUCAGAUGAAGGAGAGAAAAAAGAUGCAGGUAACUCUUCAGGGGAAUGAGCCAGCUUCCAAGAACCUCGCUUGAGAGCUCUGUAUUCUUGCUUGUCACAGUUGACCAGUGGAGAAAUCAUCACUUUCCUGCUGUGCUGCAACAUCCUAAUCCUCCCUGAUUUUGCAAAAAACCCCAUCCUGUAGGCAUGGCUCACCUGAGAGAAUUUGCUAGCCAGCACUCCAGGGUGGAUCCUGAGGAGCUGUUCACCAAGCUGGAGAGGAUUGGCAAGGGCUCCUUUGGGGAGGUGUACAAAGGCAUCGACAACCGCACCAAGGAGGUGGUUGCCAUCAAGAUCAUUGACCUGGAGGAGGCUGAGGAUGAGAUUGAGGACAUUCAGCAGGAGAUCACAGUGCUCAGCCAGUGUGACAGCCCCUACAUCACCCGCUACUAUGGCUCCUACUUGAAGGGCACUAAGCUGUGGAUAAUCAUGGAGUACCUGGGAGGAGGUUCAGCCCUGGAUUUGCUGAAGCCAGGACCACUGGAGGAGACCUACAUAGCUACUAUCCUGAGAGAAAUCCUGAAGGGCUUGGAUUAUUUACAUUCAGAGAGAAAGAUCCACAGAGACAUCAAAGCUGCCAACGUGCUGCUCUCAGAACAAGGAGAUGUGAAACUGGCUGACUUUGGGGUGGCUGGCCAGCUGACAGACACCCAAAUCAAGAGGAACACCUUUGUGGGGACUCCAUUCUGGAUGGCACCAGAGGUCAUCAAACAGUCUGCUUAUGACUUCAAGGCAGACAUCUGGUCCCUUGGGAUCACAGCUAUUGAACUAGCAAAGGGAGAGCCUCCAAAUUCUGACUUGCAUCCUAUGAGGGUUCUCUUCUUGAUCCCCAAAAACAACCCUCCAACACUUGAGGGUCACCACAGCAAGCCCUUCAAGGAGUUUGUGGAAGCCUGCCUCAACAAGGAUCCUAGAUUUCGGCCAACAGCUAAAGAAUUGCUGAAGCACAAGUUCAUCACACGCUACACCAAGAAAACCUCGUUCCUCAUGGAGCUCAUCGACCGCUUCAAGCGCUGGAAGUCAGAGGGCCACGGAGAGGAUUCCAGUUCUGGGGACUCUGACAUUGAUGGAGAUGCAGAGGAUGGAGACCAGGGUCCAAUCUGGACAUUCCCUCCAACCAUUCGCCCCAAUUCCUUGAGCAAGCUGCACAAAGGAAUGGCUCUGCAUGGUUCCCAGAAGCCUACUGAGCCCAUCAAGAGGCAACCACGGUCACAGUGUCUCUCCACACUUGUUCACCCAGUUUUUGGGGAGCUCAAAGAUAAGCACAAGCAGACUGGAGGCAACGUGGGAGCCAUGGAGGAGCUGGAGAAUGCCUUCAGCUUGGCCGAGGAGUCCUGCCCAGGCAUCUCUGACAAACUGAUAGCACACAUGGUGGAGAGGGUCCAAAGGUUUUCACACAGUCGGAACCACCUGAGCUCUGCCCGCUGACACCUUCCCUGCUGCUGCUGCUGCCAGGGGGGAAGGAUUUUUUCCAGCUUCAUAAGAACUACAUCUCUAAUCCAGACCACCAUCUGUUGGAUGUGACAUUGUGAUGGACCCCAGGACAUUUCAGAGCCUUCAUGUUAGCCGUGUUUCCGUGAUAACCCAGGGUGGGGUUUGCAAUGCAAGUACAAUUUAGACCUUUUGCAGAACCCGAGAUGGGUGGUCUAAUUGUUUUUACAAUGUAAUCAAUGCAGUUUUUAAUUGUUUUCCUACAAUGGAUGUGUCCAUUUUGGCUUGGUUUGAUUCACAGCUUGUUUCUGGUAAAUGCCUGGCUGCUGGAAAAACGGAGAUUCUCUCCCAUUGAUGGAUGUUUCACAGGCAAGUCUGAUGGGUUUAGUCUCCUGCCCUUCCUAAAGAAGUGUUUGUGAGCAGUCUUGUGUGAGUGCAGGGAUGUUGGGAAGCUCUCCAGGUGUUUAGGGCCUCUGGGAGAGUCAGAGCAGCUCUCCAGUUGUUCUGGAGGAUCACUUCAAGCCUUUCACACACAAGGAACAACACUUUGCAGUGCUGCAGCAGCUGGGCUGAUACAGUUGCUCCUUCCCAGCCUGUCAUUUCAUAGGAGGGUUUGCUGAUUGUUCUUUUGUUGGCUCUGGGACAUCAUUUUGUGUUAGGCCUUAGUUCAUCUACUUCAGGCAACAGCAGAGCUUGCCUUGGGUCUGCAGGGAGCAGGAGGCAAAGGGCUUUAUUUGCUGUGGGAGCUGUGCACUUCCUGUCCCUGGUGCUCUUGGCAGGCUGGGCAGGCCCACAGGGGGCAGAAGGGUUAAAAAGAGGAGUGGGGGAGCACAACAGCUGCAGGGCUUUGGUUCACAGGACAGAGGGAGACACUACAUAGUUUUGGUGCAAGAACUUGUGCUCUACAGGAAGACUUAAGCUGGAUGGCUCACAGCAGUGUGGUUGGGCUGGGGGUUCCCAAAAGCUGCUCUAGGCCUCCCUCUCCUUCUCAGCCUUCCCUUUGUGGCUGCUCAGACUCACUGCAGCUGGCUCUGCUCCAGGUGCAGGCUGGGCUGGUGUUUGCUAGCAGAGGCACCACAGCAUCCACUGCUGUGUUGGCUGCUUGAGGUGUCCCAGCAGAGCAUCCCCAGGAGCUUUGCUUUCUGUACCAUACUGGUUUAUAAAUCUUUCAUUCAGGUAAGCACACAGAUGUUAAAUCUACAUUUUAAAGGUCCAGAAAAAUAGACUAAGGAGAAUAACCCCUGAUAGCUGUGAGAUUGCUUAGAGAGCUGCUCUCCAACUGAGAAGAGAUUCCCAUGAAGUCAGCAGGAGCUCAGUGCCCCAGCUCUUUGUGCCUGGGUGUUUGUGUGUGGAUGAGAUGGCUCAGCCCAGAGCCCCUGAGAACAAAGGCUGGAGCUGUUCAGCAUUUUUUAAUGACAGGCCACUUGGUUAGAAACAAGGCUUGGUUUUUGGUACUUAGACCUGCAGAUUUGAAGUGCUGGGCUGCAAGCAGCUCAGGGGGACCACACAUUCCCUGCUCCUGGUGUAGGGUGUUCUUUACUUUAUUUAUCCUGCUGGAUAAAGCCAGGCUCAGCAACACUAUGAACUUGUACAGAAGAGAAGAGGUGCUGCUGUUGGCUCUCUGCUGCAGAGUUCUGUGGUGAGAGCCAGCUCAGAGCUUGCAGGUAGGAAGAACAGAACAAACCCACUUUGCCCUCAGGAGGAGAAGUUCAUGUACAGACAGGAGGCUUGGAGAGGGGGAAGGCAGAGGCUGCAGGCCAGCACAAAGGUCCCUGCUGCUUUUCAAGUUGCUGUUCACAGCAGUAGCAAAGGUGUUGAUAAGGUACCUGUGUUGUUCCUCACAUGCUCUGCAGUGUAACGAGGAAACUUUCUGAAGGAAACAAUCCCCACCCCUUUGCCCAGUAUUCAAAACCAAUGGGUUUAGUUUUCAAAAACAUUGAAAGGGAUCUGCCACUUUCAAUAAAGUAACAAAACCAA